AUGGAGGGUGCGGAGCAGAGGGGGAGGCGAGAGGAGAGGUGCGGACAGGAGCGGUGCGGAGUGACCCGUCCGUCGGCGCUCCGACUGACCGCCACUCUCCUGCUGCUGUGGGCGGCGGCGGCGGCGCGGGUUGCCGGGGGCGACGGCGGCGAGGACUACACGUCUCAGUCUCAGUGCGGCGAGUACAGCAACCAGCUGCAGGAGGACGGCAUGUGCCGCCUGACCGCAACGCUACCACAGCUGGACGAGCACGAGCGCUGCCCAGACAUGUUCCGCUGCACCGACCAGGUGGCCUUCUGGCUGCGCGAGAACGAGGAGCGCAAGCAGCACAUCCUCACGCUCAAGGAGACCGUCUCCGAACUGCAGGAGGAGCUACGCAACCACCGCCACAGGGUCAAAGUGCUGGAGCUGCAGGAGGAGCUACGCAACCACCGCCACAGGGUCAAAGUGCUGGAGCUGCAGAGUGAGGAGCGUAACCGUGUCAACUCGUCUCUGGAGCAGCGUGUGCAUGAGCUGGAGGUGCACUACGCUGAGGCCUCCACCCUCCUCCACCUGCAGGGGUCGCUGUUGUACGACCUGCAGGCCCAGAUCGGCAACCUCUCACUACAGGUGGAGAAGGUGCGUCGUAACCCCGGCUGCAUGAUCAACAUCGUCAGGACCAGCCCCCUACUCAGCGCUCAGGAGGCACUGCACCCAGAGGUGCAGCAUGUGAGGAACUGCCCUAUUGACUGUGCCUCCAUCUACUAUAACGGCGUGCGUCGCUCGGGAAUCUUCACCGUGGUGCCGUCGCUAGGGGCAACCCCCGUAGAGGUGUACUGUGACAUGGAGACGGACGGUGGUGGCUGGACGAUGAUCCAGCGUCGGCAGGACGGCUCGGUGAACUUUGACCGCAGCUGGAACGAGUACAAGGAGGGUUUUGGGGACCUGCACACGGAACACUGGCUGGGCAACUCCCACAUCCACGACCUCACCAGCCAGGGAGACUACACACUCCGCAUCGACCUAGAGGACUGGAGCAGCAAGCACAAACACGCCCUCUACCAGAGCUUCAGCCAGGGCGACUACACACUCCGCAUCGACCUGGAGGACUGGAGCGCCAAGCACAAACACGCCCUCUACCAGAGCUUCAGCAUUGAGGACGAGGCGACGCAGUACCGGCUGCACGUGAGCGGCUACAGCGGCACGGCCGAGGACUCCUUCAGCUGGUACCACGACAAGCAGGGCUUCAGCACGCCGGAUACGGGCCACGUCUGCGCCGAGAUCUCCCACGCAGGCUGGUGGUACAACCAGUGCUUCUACGCCAACCUCAACGGAGUCUACUACAAGGGCGGGCGCUAUUCUCCUAAGGCCAAGAACCCGCUGGGCCCAGACGGCAUCGUGUGGUUCACCUGGAAGGACUCGGACUACUACUCCCUCCGCCGCGUCAGCAUGAUGAUCCGCCCACGCACCUUCAGACCGCACCUGUCCCCAUGA